AUGAAGCAAUCUCUAGGACUGAAUACCUGCCUCUGCAUCUGGAUCCUGGACUUCCUGAUGGGCCACCUCCAGGUGGUGAGGUCCCUGUUCACCCACGACUGCUUGGCCGUGCAUGACUCCCACCUCAUCAUCAAGUUUGCUGUUGACACAAUUGUGGAAGGACUGAUGACAAUGAGGCAGCCUAUAAAGAGGAGAGCGACAGUGCAGCCCGGGGCCUCCAUAAUCGACAUGGUCAACGUGACGACGUCACCCAGCAGCAAUGCCACCCCAGAGGGUCUGACUGAGGGGGGGCUGGUGGUCCUGGGCCAGAGGGAAGAGUAUGAUUACAAUUACUUUGCCCUGGUGCUGGGCGUGCCCCUCAUUCUGAUCAUCAUCCUGGGCAACGUACUUGUGUGUCUGAGCGUGCUCACUGAGCGCUCCCUGAAGACUGCCACCAACUACUUCAUCAUCAGCCUGUCUGUGGCCGACCUACUGCUGGCUGUACUGGUGCUGCCCCUCUACGUCUACUCUGAGUUCCUGGGUGGUAUCUGGACCCUGAGCACAUACAUCUGUGAUGCUCUGAUGACCAUGGACGUCAUGUUGUGCACUGCCUCCAUCCUCAACCUAUGUGCCAUCAGUGUGGACAGGUACAUAGCGGUGGUGGUGCCCCUGAAGUACAACAGGAACCAGUUCAGCCUGCGGCAGCUGGUCCUCAUUACGGCCACCUGGGUUCUCUCACUGGGCGUCGCCAGUCCUGUCAUCUUCGGCCUCAACCAGGUGCCGGGCCGCGACCCCACCGUGUGCAAGCUGGAGAACGACAGCUUCGUGGUCUACUCCUCAGUGUGCUCCUUCUUUGUGCCUUGCCCAGUUAUGCUCUACCUGUACUACUGGAUGUUCCGGGGGUUGAGACGCUGGAGCUCAGGCAGGAGGCGCUCCCAGCUGACGAGGGGAGGAAAACGGGGCCUGUCCCUGCGCCUCAGCUCCGCCCUGCAGAGGGAGAACGCAGGGGUCAGGGCGGGGGCCAAGGAGAAGGUGGUGUACCUCAUGCCCUCAGGGCUCAGCCCAAUGUCACCGUCGACCGUAUCGAUGUCGUCGCCCACAGCGACCCCGGGGGUGGAGGACAAGCAGCAGGAUGGUGUGGGGGCUGGCAUGGCGGAGAGCGACCCCAUGACUACCCAGAUAGAAAGCUUUUCGGACGCAGACCCCACGGAGAAGCCGCCUUGGCAGGGGAGGAGCCGGAAGGAGAAUGGGCUGGCCCACGCUAAGGCCACCAAGAGGGGGCGCCGCAACAGCAAGAGUAGCAGAGUGAGUGGGAGGGAGCGAAAAGCCAUGAAGGUCCUUCCUGUUGUAGUUGGUGUGUUCCUAGCCUGUUGGACGCCUUUCUUUGUGGUACAUGUGACCAACGUGCUGUGCGUAUCCUGCAAAAUCAGCCCCACUCUGAUCUCCGUGGUAACGUGGCUGGGCUACGUCAACAGUGCUGUCAACCCCAUCAUCUACACUGCCUUCAACGCAGAGUUCCGAAAUGUCUUUCACAAACUUUUCUGCUGUCGAGCAUGAGGCCUGAGUUCUGGAACCUCUUUGACCAAGAGAUAGAAGAACAACUUUCUUUAAGGUUCA